AUGGAUUUAUCGAAAUACACUGAGUGCCUCUCACAAUGGCCUGCCCAUGUCGCCCCGGGCUUGCCGACUUUCGGCGCGUUGUUCCUCCUGGCGACUGGUGGGCUGGUCAUUGCCUGCAAAGUCUGGACAUUCGUGCGGGUGCUUCUUAGCCUGUUCGUGCUUCCGGGAAAACCGCUCCGCUCGUUCGGUCCCCCUGGUAGCUGGGCUGUGGUGACAGGCGCCUCAGAUGGUCUGGGCAAAGAGUUUGCAUUGCAAUUGGCAAAGGCGAAGUUCAAUAUCGUGCUCGUAUCUCGGACAGCCUCGAAGCUGGAAACCCUGUCAGAGGACAUCACCAAGCAGUUCCCGCAAGUGCAGACCAAGACCCUGGCGAUGGACUUCUCGCGCAACGCCGACACUGAUUACGAAGCCCUGAACAAGCUGGUCUCCGAGCUGGACGUUUCUAUUCUCGUCAACAAUGUCGGAUUGAGCCAUUCGAUCCCCGUUCCAUUCGCGCAGACCCCCGCCGCCGAGAUGGCCGAUAUCGUGACCAUUAACUGCACCGGUACCUUGCGCGUUACCCAACUCGUCGUCCCCGGAAUGAUGCAGCGCCGCCGCGGUCUGGUUCUGACCAUGGGCUCUUUCGGUGGUCUGCUUCCUACCCCGUUCCUGGCCACUUACUCCGGCAGCAAGGCUUUCCUGCAGCACUGGUCCACUGCUCUGGGCGGUGAACUCGCUCCUUAUGGCAUUGAUGUCGAACUUGUCCAGGCUUACCUGAUUACCUCUGCUAUGUCUAAGAUUCGUCGCGCUUCUGCUUCGAUCCCCAACCCCCGCACUUUUGUUCGCUCUGUUCUUGGCAAGAUUGGUCGCAGUGGUGGUUCGCCUACCUACGCUUACAGCUCUUCGCCGUACUGGAGCCAUGGUAUCAUGGCCUGGUUCUUGACUACUGUUACUGGCACCAUGGGCAAGUUUGUUCUUGGGCAGAACAAGUCUAUGCAUGAGAGCAUUCGCAAGCGUGCUCUCCGCAAGGCUGAGCGGGAGGCUGCUAAGAAGAGCACCUAA